AUGACUUCAACUCAAGUGGAAAGUGUCGUUGACACAGAGGAGCAGCUUCUCGCUGACCUGGAAGCGAGCAAGACCCUCCCUUUGUGGAAGCAGAUGGCUCGUCUGAACCCUCCAGCGCCAAACCCAACAACCAUUCCAAAUGUCUGGAAGUACAGCGCCAUCAGACCUAACUUGGAGCGCGCUGGAAAGCUCGUCCCAGCUGACCAGGCUGAGCGCCGGGUGCUGAUGCUCACCAACCCAGCUCGGGAUGCCCCCUUCACCACCGAUACCCUCUACGCUGGUUUGCAGCUAGUGAUGCCCAACGAGACCGCGCGCGCUCACCGACACACGGCUUUUGCCAUGCGCUUCAUCAUUGAAGGCCAGGGCGGCUUCACUGCUGUCCAUGGCCGACGCAUCACAAUGCAGCGCGGAGAUGUUAUUCUCACACCAACCUGGAACUACCAUGAUCACGGCAAAGACGGCUCUGGACCUAUGGUGUGGCUGGAUGGGCUGGACCUGCCUAACUUCAGACACUUCCCUGUGCACUUUGUGGAACACUUCGAUAAGCCCCGUUAUCCUGCGGAGAAUGUUGAUAGUACCACUUCGCCGUUGGUUUUCCCGUGGGUCACCAUGAAGGCGCAGUUGGAUGGAGUUGCUGGGGAUUGGGUUACGAAGAGAUAUUUGAAGGAGGAUGGACGUGAAGUGAGUCGCGUCCUUGGGGGAUGUGCUGAGCGAAUUUCGGCAUCUAAGGCUUCGCCUUCCCGACGGGAGACUACGUCCGCUGUUUACCAUGUCAUCACUGGAAAAGGACGCUCGAUUAUUGGCGAUAAGGAAUAUACCUGGGAGCAGGGUGAUACUUUCUGUGUUCCGGCGUGGUACAGAUACCAGCACUUUGCGGAUGUUGAAGAACCGGUCUAUCUGUAUCGGUUUGAUGAUAAGCCCAUGAUUGAUGCAUUGGGAUUCUAUCGCUCGGAGGAUAUGGAUGUUGAGUCCCUUGUGGACGAGUGA